AUGCCGACGAACGCCAUGAAGCACCGCAACCCGAGAUGCGUUUUCCUGGGUCCGAAGAAGGGAAAGGUGAAGGCGUUGCCCAAGAACGUGAAGUACGUCCGACAUGGGUCGGCUAGCGCCAAGAGCCGCAUCGACCGCCAGAGCUGGUGCACGCCAUUAAAAGCAUUGCUCCAGAUGAGCGAGAAGAAAUUGAUUGACCACCUGACCAAGACGAAGAUUCUGAAGGAUUGGGAUGGCGAGAGUUGCCCCGUGUGCGGCAAUGGGACAGUGCACUUUCUUCGCCGUCGGCCGGGAGACCGCGGGCGGGCGUGCAAGCGCGGGGCCGCGGGGCGCAGGGCGUGGGCGCCGCCGCACCACAGCCACCCGAUAUUCGAACUCCCCAGUGGUCCGCAUGGAACAUCGCUUCAAGACCAGGCUGCCGUGCUCUUCUGCGCGACGGCCGGGGUGAAGCAGUCCGCGCGCCACUUGCUGGCGGGCAGGAACCACAAGGUCAUGGAAGGGUUGUGCAAGAGGAAGAGGCUGCACGAGGCGCGGUCGAAGUUCGCAGAGAAAAAGCAGAAGGGGAUGAAGUUCGGCCAGAAUGGGCACUGGCACGACAUAGAGGCCGACGAGGUCGACCUCCGCAAGAUGAUUCCAGAUUCCAUCGACACGAAGAAGAAAGACGUCUCCUGGGAGCAGCGGGGCGGCGUCGUGGAGCGCGGCGACCCAGCGUCCCUGGUGCUCUGCCGCCUCGACCCAUCGAAGACGGUUCGCCGCGCCCCUGGCCCGGGGGCCGCGCGGAAGCGCGACCGGGCGCCGAUCGCCGCCAAGUUCCUCAAGUCCAGGAAGGUCUUGCCCCACGCGGAUGGGGCGAGAGCGCACAAACUGAAGACGGACGGCGUCUUGCACGACAACGUGGCCCACCAGAAGAAGCGCGUCGUGAUCAAGGGCAAGACUGCGUGGAUCAAGCCCAGCUUCACCAAGGUCGUCAAGCAUUGCAUCCCUGACAAGGGCGACCUCUACGUCAAGGCUGGCACGCAGAUCAUCGACCGCGCCUGGCGGCACCUGCGCGGUUGUUUGGAGGGCGUGCCGGCCGCGGUCGGGUCUGACAUGCUGCGCCGUCGGGUGAGGUCCGCCCAGUGGGCCUACUGGAUGCGGGCUCGCGAUUUGUGGCAGGCCACAGGGGACAUGAUCUCGAAGCUCGCGGCCGAGGCGGGCUGCUCUGCGCUGCUGUCGGCGGAGGCUGUACGCGAUCCCCGCGUGCAGGAUGCUGCUGCUCAGGCGGGCGCGGCUGGCGUUGCCGCUAUCGAGAAGGCAGCUGCAUGGAUGGAGGACCAUGCCACCAGCAGUGCCGCCGGGGAGGAGCAGUUCUGCUUCGAGAGCUGGCAGGUCUACCUUGCUGGCGCCUUCUUGCUGCUUUUCAUCGUCACCUUGGUGUUCAUCUGCUGGUGCUCCGCCCUCACGCUUACGUACUGCUCCGGCCCUAUCGGGCUCCUCGGCGGCCGGGCGCUGGCGGGACGGCUUACAGGUACACCAACAACAUCCACUUCGGGGUAUUUGGCCCGGAUGGCCAACUUCGUCGAGGCUGGGGGCGACGCGGCCGUCGAGCAGCUGGCCCAGGAGCUCGACGUCUCGCCAGCCGCCGUGCGCACCUGGCUGGUGCAGUGGCAGCUGUUGGGCGGUUGGGUCCGCGACCUCACGGAAGAGGGCGUGGAACCGAACCCGGGACCCGGAUCCGACCCGCUCGACUUCAUCGAGCCGGUGCGUGCCCUCAUCGACGCGCACGCGGCGGACCAGCCCAGGCCGUCGUCCGACGGCUUCGCGACGCCGCCGGAGGCGCCGUGGCCGUGGGAGAGCCGCUUGGAGGUCGCACCCGUGACCCCGCCGAUGCCCAGGCCGGAGCUGCAGAAGCUCCGCUGGGACCUUGAAGUGCGCGUCCGGCAGCUCGAGCAGCUGGUGGAGCAGCGGCAGGGAGGCCGGGCCAGGCUGCCAGCGUGCCCCGGCUGCCGCGGCGCCUUGGCGCGGGCGCGGCCACUCCGAGGUAGCCAUUGCGACAGUUGCGGAGGCGGCUGGGGCAGAGGAGGGUGGGCGCUGACCUGCACGCCGUGCGCCGCAGCGGUAUGCAGGGCCUGUGCUGUGGCCGCGCCCGGCGCCGCCGCCCUGCCCGCGGCUCCACCGGCGGAGGAGGCGCCCACCGAGUCCCUGGAGACCGACGCGCUUUUCGGGUCGCCGCCGGGCAGUUUGCCUGGCACGCCUGUCGAGGGGCAUCGUGCGCCCCAGGGUUCCCAGGAACAGGAGGAGGCGAUGGAGGAGGCUCUAGUCGCUGGGGUGGCCGGCGCCGCUCCCGAGGAAUCGCUGCAGAGGGACGCCGUCGUAGGCGCAGAAAGGGUUUUCCGUCGUUGGCGGUCCCGCGGGGACCAGGCGUGCGUCGCAUGCCAUGCGGCAGUCCCGUGCGACAAGUGGGGCUACCAGUGCACGGCCUGCCGGGUAUUUUACUGCGGCGCUGCAUGCAGGCGUGCGCACUUCAACCAGCACGAGUGCGUAGCUGAUGUUUCUGCGGGUGGCGCUGGUAGAGGCGGUGAAGGUGGUGGGGGUAGAGAUGAAGGAGGAGGAGGGCCAGGCGAAGACAUCCGCGGGGCCAUCCACGUGCUCGCCAACUCCGACUUCGAUUCCCUACUGGAGGAGGCCGUGGACCUCCCAGCACUGCCGACGCUGGAGCGGGCGCUGGGUCAGCUCCGUAGCAGAGUCGGGGUCGUCCUCCGCGACCUGCUGAAUGCCCACGUCGAUUCGGAGUGCGCUGCGAGCCGGCAGCCUUCCCGUGGCGCGGUCGCCCAGGCUGCCAGGUCUUCCCGGCUGCUGUGGCUGGCGCCGACCCUCCUUCUCCGCCAUCGGCCCCAGGUGCGAGAGGAGGGGCUGGAGUCUGAGCCUCCGCCCGGCCCCGCUGACGCCCAGGAGUUCCCCUGCGCCGCCAUGGUCCGGUCUCGCCUGCAAGUGGCGGAGCGGGGCGAUUGGCGAUUGUUGCUGGAGGCAGCUGGGAAGCAGAGUGUUGGCGCAGUCCGGGCGGCAAAGGCGCUCCUCACUGGCGCCGUCCGCACGCCUCUCACGGAGGCCACCGCCGUCCGCAUCGACGAGCUCGUCGCGGAGGCAGUCGACGGCGACGAGAUGCACGAGGUCGAGGCCGAGUGCAAGCGGGCACUCAAGGACAUGGGAAAGGCUGCGGCCCCGAAGUUCCGCACCAUUCGGCGGAAGCUUCGCGUCCUGCGCGAGGCCGCCCAGUGUGGCCCGAGCGCAUGGCGGAACUCAUUCCUCAAGAAUGUCGGCUCCGUGGAGGGCGGCAUCAAGGCGCUGGCUUGGCGGGCCCAGGUUCGGAAGCAAGGCAGGGCGCAGGACGCCACCAUCGAGCUUUGGACGGCUGCCUGCGUUACGCCCGUCGACUGCGAUUGGGCGCGCGUGGGGCCGGGCCAGCCAGCGCAGCGCAAGUUGCGGCCGAUCGCAUGCGCCGAGGUGCUCAUGAAGCUCGUGGAGGGCGCGUGCAUCGAUGAGGAAUCCGCGUCCAUGCUCGCUGCACUGGAGCCGCGCCAGCUGGGGUGCGGCGCGCCGGACGGGGCGCCGCUCAUAGUGCACCUUGCCCGCAGCUGGGCUGAGCGCGUCCAGGCCGCGUCAGAGCCAGAGGACGACCCGUUCGUGGCCGCGAGCGUCGACUUGGAGAACGCGUAUGGCCGCGCUUUCCGGUCGAGCUGCCUGCGCGGAUGCCGGAAGCGCCUCCCUGCAAUAGCAGCGCUGGCAGCGGCGCAGUGGCGGACAGGCCGCACGGCGGUCUGGCAGCGCGCUGACGGCCGCUGGCGCCGCUCCUGGGCCACGCGUGGCGGAUGGCAGGGCGCGCGCCUCAUGCAGCUCAUGUUCGCGAUGGGCCUUGAGGACUGCCUGGAGGCCGUGCCGGAGCUGGACGACGCCAUGGGCCGAGUCGGGUACCAGGACGACACGUACCUCUUCUCCAAAGCAGCGCACUUCGCGGACAGUUGGCCCGUGCUACAGGGCGCUCUUGCGCAGGGAGGCCACCGCGUCCGGAACCACAAGUGCAAGUUCUGGGCGCCGAGCUGCGACGAUUCCGAGCCUGGCCACGCUGCGCAGCAUCUCGGGCGCUUGGCCGCUCUUCUGCCCCGUGCUUGGGGUGGCUUGGAGCUCCUGGGCGGGGCUGUGCAGGGCGAGUUCGCUGCCGAGGUCGGGCGCGACGGGCUGCUGCUUGGCCCCGCUCGCGCAAGGGCCCGCAAGGCGGCCGCGCUGGCGCGGCGCGUGGAGGAGUUCGCGGCCGCGCAGCCCGCUGUCACAGCUGCCCACCUGGCGUGGUCGCUUCUGUCCAAAUCCGUUGCUCAUGCUCUUUCUUACGACGCGCGGCUGGCACCUUCUACGGUGCUGGGCGCAGUGGCCGAGCCUGUGAGUAACGCGGUGGAGGAGGCGCUGCAGCACGCGGUGGUCGCCCGGCGGCUGGACGAAGGCGCGCUGCGACAGAUGCGCCUCUGCGGCGCCUUCGGGGGCUUGGGUCUGCGCCGCGAGGGCGAGGGCGCCGUGGCUGCCGAUGCUCUCGCGGCCCGGCAGCGCCUCGAGGAUGCUGGUGUCGUCGUGGACCUCCAGGGCGGCGCGAUGUUGACGGACGACGCCCAGGCCGAGUGCAGCGGGGGCCCGUGGUCCAAGGACGUUGCCGUUGAUGACCUGGGCGGGCUUGAGCUACUCCCUGAGGCCUCUCUGCCGCUGCCGUCGCCGGGCGACGUCCCCGCCAGGGCGCCCAGGCGCUUGGCCAGCCGCAUCUUCCGGCACCUGGACGCUGUGCGCGCCACCCAGCUGUGGCAGGAGCUUGGCCAGGAGCGAAGGGAAGGCUUGCUGUCCUCUGGGGGGCCCGGCGCGGAAGCGCUCUGGAUGCAGCUCCCCGCGAAGACGGCGGAGUGGUUCCCGUCCUCCUACUUCCGCGUGGCAACCAUGCGCAGGCUGGGGGCCCUAAGCGCGCCGCCGGGGGCAACGUGCCGCCUCCCCUGCAAGGCCGGCAACUCGGACGAGGCAUGCGGCCACCGGCUGGACCCGACACUUCAACACCCGCAGCUCUGCAAGCAGGGGCCGGCGCGCAUGCGACCGCACCGCGCGCUUGCAGCGGCCCUCGCCCGUCUACUGCGCGAGUGCCGUGCGGAAAUUGACAUCGAACGCACGGUGCCAGAGCUCAUUCGCGUGCUGCCGAACGGGGCCGUCCAGGAGGCCGUCCUGGAUCUUGUCGUCACGUUCCCGGGCUCUGUUCAGCCCCUGUAUAUCGACGUGUCGAUCCGCUGCCCGCACGCGGCGCGCUAUGCGCAGGCGCAGGCGAGCCCGGGCGACGCCGCCAACGCUGCCGUGGACGACAAGAUGCGGCGGUACGGGAGCGACGUGCUCACCGUCGCCCUGGAGUCAUACGGGCGGCUUGCUGCCGGGACCCACUGGUCGCUGGAGCACCUCGCCACGCACGCUGCUGCAUCCCUGCGGGACCAGUGGGCUGCGCCCAGGCUGGUGCCGCGCUGGAGGGCUGCCCUGGAGCGCGCGGUCGCAUUCGCAGCAGCGGACAUCGACUUGCUCUCGCUGGGCGCAGCCCCACUGCCCAGCAGACGCGGGUGAUGUACGGCCGCGUUGCCAGCGCCUGGUAGUCGUAGUAUUUGUUGCAUGUGGAGUGCGUGUCGUGUCUCGGCUGUGCCUU